UUACCGGAAGUCGAUUGGGACACGUAUUCUUGGAAGUGUAAUCUGGACAGGGAUAUUAUUGCAUGAUUAGCCUAUCAUUAGAAUGGAAACCGAUACACAAAGGAAAUUUUCUUGACAUGUGGCUUUUGCUGUGUGGUAUACAGUUGGUGUGUUGUCGACUUAACGCUGGCACUCGCCGUUUGGGUUUUAAGCAUUGAUGAGCUCGAGUUACAGAUGGAUCAGCAGUUUUAAUUCAUUAUCUGCAUCUCAUAAUUACUGACAAUGGCAGAAGGCUCCACAGAACCUAUGAAGAGGUUUGUAGAGAGGAGGGAUGUUAUGGCAUGGUUGAAAGAGAAGUACAAUACCAGACCAGCCCGUGGAGGCCCUCAGGAUCACCAGUACAGAAUUUAUGGUGUUUAUGGGAAAAAAAGAGUAGGAAAGUCAUGCUUGAUGCGGAAAUUUUUACGACAGAUUCAGCAGGAUGUUUCAAGGAACCAGAAGGUACAUGUUGGAACAUUUGAUUUUGAUAAAAUCAGAACCUUCGAAAGUUUUUUAAACAGUCUUUGCAAAUUUUAUGGUGUUGAAAUGCAUAAAUGGAGAAAAAGCCCCAACCAUAGUGAUAAUGAGGAAGAGGAUGAAGAGGAUUACAUAGAAUGUAUGAGUCGCAUUGAAAACAAAAUGAACGCUGAGCCAAGUCACAAGUUUAUCGUGUUUCUAGACAAUUUGGAAAAAGCCUGUGGUAAGGCUAAGAAAGAUGGAACACCACAUGAUAAGGACAAGGACUAUCUGUGGGACAAAAUCUAUAAAGAGAUUAUCAGAGACCUUCUAAAGGUUAACAACUUCCUGGUGUUUAUAACCUCCACACAGACCACAAAGUUUGCUAAGUUAGGCACAAUUUCUUGUAAAAUUGACAUGGAGGAAAUGGACGAGAAAGAAGCAAAAUGCUUGCUACAGAAUGAAGUGUCAGGAACUAAAAUUGAUGACAAAUGUUUGUCUGCAAUUGUAAGGUUAUGUGAUGGAUUGCCACCUACUAUCAUACAAGCAGGUGCCAUGCUUCGUGAAGGUGAUUGUACCCCUGAUGAAAUUGUUGCCCUGUUGAAAGAAUUUGAUAGCAAGAUGUUUAUGCACAGUGAUGACUUACAUCCUAAAGAUGAUCGUUAUGAUGCACAGCUGAGGGAAUAUAUAAACCGCAUGUCAAGUGAAAACAGGAAAAAUCUCAGGUCUCUUGCUGAGAUGAUCAACAAAGAAGAGGGGAAAGUAGUUAGUAUUGCUGAAGCUGCCACAGGAUUAGAAUUUGAGGCAAACACGGCUGUAUUUAAGCUAAGAUUCCUCCUUCCGCUGCGGUUCAGAGGGAUGGUGGAGGUAGACAGAAAAACUGGACUUAUCAGCAUGAAUUCAUUUUUUCUCCAGUUUGUCCUGGAACAUAUCAAAGGAGAGAAAAAUGUUGAAGGAACACCCUCUGCACAUUCUUCUACAAAUGGCAUAGGAUUUAGCCCACCUACAUCAAGCCAUUUAGAUGAUGGUGAUGAUGAUGAUGAUGAUGAUGAUGAUGCUCAAAGUCCAACUGCGACCCAUUUGAUUGUUCCAAGCCAUAAUUCACAGGACAAGGCUAGUCGUCUAUUAGAGGAUACAGAUGUCACCGGUGAAGCUGCCACACAAGCGCCUUCUGUACGUGAUACAACUGUCAUUAGCCAUCAUACACAGGAUUCUUCUAGUCGUCUGCUAAGUGGAGAAAAAUCAGAACCACAUCUGUAUCACGAAGAAAACCCAGAACCAAAUACAGCGAAGAUGGAAGGUCAGUAUAUAGGAAAUAGAGACGAGAAACCUCGCUAUGAUAUUACACUGACCAACCAGGACUCGAUGGAGAGUGGGAACAGAUCAAUGAAAAAUAAUGACUUAUCUCCAGACCACACCAGGACGAGUCAGUGGAACAUAACAGGGUGUGACACAGUUAAAAAUAAAUCAACUCCGCCUGAUGUUAAAAGUGAAAAUAACAACGAUGUGAAAAUGUUAGAAAGUAAUGACAGUUAUCAGGAAGAUAUUGCUAUGGGAAAGAAACGAUCAAAUACCUUGGAGGAAAAUACCAGGAUAACGUGUAAAAAUCAGUCUGGUAAAGGUAUGCAUUCCUUAAUGUCAGUUGAAGAUAACAACUUACAGCCAUACAAAGUUAGCUCUCAUAGAAGUAUUCCAGGGAAGAAAAUGAACCAAGAAGCAAGUUUUGAAGACAACUCAUUGCAAGACCAUGACCCAGAACUACCUGAUUUUACGAAAACAGUCUCUCCGGUUGAUACUGCAAACAACAGUCUGCCUGAUGACAAAAGAUUUGUCAGUAUAAGCCAUUUUGAUGGUGUAGUUCUCCAAUCACCAAGGAGUACAUCCACAACUACGGAUAUGACAGAAGACGAUAAUUGUAGUGAGACAAACGAGAAAAUGGUGUACAGCAGCAGAACUGGCCAUUUGUCCCCGGACUGCCAGUCACUGGUCACAGAAGGCUCAAGAUAUGAGGUUGUCUCACAGUACAAUGCAAUGUCUUACCUAGGUAGUACAGACUUUCAUACCCAGGAUCCUUCAGUAGACCUAGGUAGAACAGACUUUCAUACCCAGGAUCCUUCAGUAGAAGAUCAAGAUGAUCCACUACACAGUUCUUUUGCCAGUGACAAACUGUUUGCAAGUGGACAAUUCAAGUCUUCAGCUUUUCGGGAGAUCAGUCAAGACAAAACACAAUACUCUGACCAGUGUCCACCUCAAGCUGUAAGACCGCGACAUAAGGGACAAGAUGGAGACAGUCCAGAAAGACAGUGUAAACCAUCAGCAAUCAGCCAAGGUGUUACACAGCCUGAUCCUACUACCACACACAACACGACAAGGUCAACGACAAGGUCAUCAGUUACACCUGGACAAGGAGAUGGGAUAUCACACAAUAUAAGUCAAAUACACCUGACCCAAACAGGUGUACAAGAACUUUCACCACAGGGUAGAGGUGUAGACACUGCCCCACUACAGGAUACAAGGACUGGUCCGUCAGUAGAGAGUGAUAGUCAGUCAACACCUUAUAGCCCCAUUGGUAGUGAAAUCUCUCUUCACAUUACUGGACAGGUUGAACCAGCUGAGUUACAGGAGAGAACGGGAAUUUUGGCUUCUGUUACACGCUUUUUCUCCGACACAUUUCAGAUGUUAAAAGAAAUGGAGAGCUAAUACUUGUUGUUUCUUUACCGAAUAUUUAUUUUAUCAUAUAUGUACUAUAUGAAGUGUAUGAAGGAGAUGGGAUAUGGUAGUGCUUUGUACAGAUUAACGCUUUCCCUUACGUAUGUAACAGGUCAUAAGAUUAUUCAUCUCUUAAUUGGCUACUAUGACAUAAACUGGUAUUUCAUGAAUAUUGUAAGACACAUAUGGAAUAUGGCUUUAGUGAUAUCAUCAAUAGAGCGUAACAAAGACAUCACAAUAACCUUCCGACAUAAUACAUUUGUCGCCAUAGAGAAAAACAUAGCAUAAUUUGAAAGUUUUCCUUUGUCAAACAGAAUCUUACACUCGUUAUGUAAAAUGAAAUUUAUUUAACUUGUUGAAAUAUUUUAUAUGACAUUUCCCUAGAGGCUUCUUGCAUAACAAAGUAUUGAACUUGCUGAAUAAAUCCCAUUUUACAUAGCUUCCUCUACAGUACAGGUGUAAUGAUGUGAUGUCCCCUACAGUACACAUGUAAUGAUGUGAUGUCCUCUACAGUACACGUGUAAUGAUGUGAUGUCCUCUACAGUACACGUGUAAUGAUGUGAGGUCCUCUACAGUACAUGUGUAAUGAUAUGAGGUCCUCUACAGUACACGUGUAAUGAUGUGAUGUCCUCUACAGUACACGUGUAAUGAUGUGAUGUCCUCUACAGUACACGUGUAAUGAUGUGAGGUCCUCUACAGUACACGUGUAAUGAUGUGAUGUCCUCUACAGUACACGUGUAAUGAUGUGAUGUCCUCUACAGUACACGUGUAAUGAUGUGAUGUCCUCUACAGUACACAUGUAAUGAUGUGAUGUCCUCUACAGUACACGUGUAAUGGUGUGAGGUCCUCUACAGUACACGUGUAAUGAUGUGAUGUCCUCUACAGUACACGUGUAAUGAUGUGAUGUCCUCUACAGUACACGUGUUAUGAUGUGAUGUCCUCUACAGUACACGUGUAAUGAUGUGAUGUCCCCUACAGUACACGUGUAAUGAUGAUAUAAUUGAAGUACAUGUCACUUCUAAACAAAGCAAUACAAAUAGUUCUAGUCACGUCACCUUGUUAUAUCACCUAUCUCUGGGAUAUAUAACUUUGAAGUUACAUAUAAUAUUUAGUUUUAAUUAACUUUGCAAUUUUUAAAAAAAUCCCGGAUAGGAACACAUUUAUUUCAGAAAUUAACUCCCCAAUGUUUUUAAUGAAUCUGCAUUUUGAUUUGUCUUUUUUUUUCAAAAGUUAUAUUGCCCUUUUAUCUUUUCAUUAUUUGAAUCUUUUUCAGGAGAACCCCUCCCACAUUUAAAAAAAAUCUCUUUUAGACCUGAUAAGAUUUAUAACAUACCUAUUAUAUAAAGUCAUGUUCCAUUUGAUUUGACAUGUUUCGCCAAACUUCAUUUAUAAUUAAUAAUUUCUAUUACUUGUUAUAUGGCAUUCGACAGAUAUACUAUUUUAUCAUUCCACCAUGUAAUCUUGUUCUUUUGACACUUCUAUAUUUUAUAAAUAUUGAUAAUGUCACUGUGGUAUCCGACUUUUUUAUGCUGUUUGGCCCCACUGUGUUAAUGAUGUCAUUUUAAUUUUUGGUUCAGGGUACCAUCAACAUACUUCACACAUGUGAUUUAGUUAAAUUACAAGAUGUGGAUUACUAUAUGUGGAUUACUAUAUGUGGAUUACUAUAUGUGCUUUGAUGUAUUAUAGCAUCAUAUUAAUACUCAGUAUCAAUUUUUGCUUGAAUUUUUAUGAUUUUGUUAAGAAGAUUUUGGCAUCAUGAAUUUACCCUGCUUUUUAUGUGUGAUUUAAACAAACUAUGAAGCAUUCUCUGUUUUAUUCAUAUCAAAUUGUGUGAAAUAUGAUUUUCUUUAGUUUAAUUUUCUACUGAAAUAUUCCACAACAGAAUAGCAUUUAAGAUUAAAAUUGUGUUGGUAUUUUAAAUUUCAUUGUGAACGAUACUUUUUACUGUGGUUUUUAUCCUGACUAUAUAUAUAUAUGAAAAAGGAAAAGUAGGUGUUAGGAACGACAACUCUAAGGUUAAAUACAUGAGAGGGCAAGUGAGCUUAUGCAGUGGUUCGGCGUCCGUCCGUCCGUCUGUCCGUCCGGCCCAGCGACUUGAUAUUGGGCCUGUAGCGUGCUGGGAUGAAAGGCUACAAAGUUUGUUAAAAUAAAUGACCUUGACCUUCAUUCAAGGUCACAUGGGUCAAAUAGGCUAUUAUCUUCAAACUACUUCUUCUAAAACACCAAGAGACUUAGGUACUUGAGGUUGGGCCAGUCUGUAGCAUGCUAGGGUGUAGGGCUACCAAGUUUGUUCAAAUGAAUGACAUUGACCUACAUUCAAGGUCACAGGGGUGAAAUAUUUUUAAAUCUUGCAAUAGCCAAGAGUCACCAACACCCGAUAUUAGGCCAAUAGUAUGCUGGAAUGAAGGACUAGAAAAUUUAUUGACAUGAAUAAACCUAAGCUUACUCUGAUAUUUGAAUAAAUUGGUUAUCAGCAUAGUAUCUGUAAAAAAUGACCUCAAUCAACUGCAAAUUUGCUGUAGAGCCAGGUGAGCGAUACAAGCCCAUUGGGCCUCUUGUUAGAUUGUGAGGUUUCUGGAUUAGAUCUGCAUUUGUAUGGCGGGUGGCCGACUUCUGUAGCUGGAUGAUUGGUUGUGUUAAAAUUUGGCAAUUAUAUAUAUUAUCGGGUGUCCUCAAUGACGACACUUACUCUUCCGGAACACAUGCUCUUCUUUUCCUGGUACUUUUUCAAAGAUUUCUAUAAAUAUCUAUGUUUGUUGGUAUUUUAGAUUUAUUAUAUCGGCAUUCUAUGUUGUUUUUAACAUUUGUAUUACUAUAUUAUGUGUAAUUACAAUUCUUUACACGUUUAAAAUCACUCAGUAAUCACUGUUUAUUUCAGCAUAGCAUUGUUGGACAUAUUUUUACAAAGUGCUUAAAUGACAUAUUCCAAACAUGGUGAACAAUCGUGUACCACAUUUGCCUGUCACAUUAACCACAGUAAAUCUAUUCCAUUACUGUGUUUACUAUACAUAAUAUUAUGUAUGUGUGUAACAUAAAGUACCAUGUAUUUAAGAAUUGAAGUGUUGUAUAUAAGAGAUAUGCUGUGUUGUAUAAAAGAGAUAUGCUAUGUUGUAUAUAAGAGAUAUGCUAUGUUGUAUAUAAGAGA